ACUUGGUAUCCUAUCUCUCUCUAGAAAAAAAGACAACAAUGGUGGAAGAAUAAUAUAUAACGAUAGAAAAUAAUAAACAUAUUAAAAAGAUUGCAGCUUUGUAUUCUUUCGGGUGUGUGAAUGCUGCUCCAGUGAAGCAAAGUCUUCUCUUUCACACCUUCCUUCUCUCCCAUCACAAGUUUUUAUGGAGGUUGAAGAAUCUAGGGUUUCACGGCACACCCAGAGUUCCAACCAAAGGUCUUCUCUUCGCCCGUUAUCUUCUCUUUAGCCAUUGAUUCUUCUCUGGGUUCUUCGUUUUUUAAAAAGCUUUUUUCCUUGUUUUCUGCAUACCCUUCUGAAUCUGAACUUUAACCUGCUGUGCUGUUUCAAAGGUGCUCUUUUUUCUUUUUUCUUUUUUGUUUGUUUGGCUGAGUUGAAUCUUGAAUUUGUGUGGAGAAAAGAAGAGGGGAUUGUUUUGUUGAGAAUGGGUUUUGGUUUCUCUUGCCUGUUACUGUUUUGUUGAUGUUUUCAUGGAUGGAUUUGUGGAGCUGACAAUGUUUUUUGUGCUGACUGUCUUAGAUUUUAGGAAUUAGGGCUUUUUGUGAGUUGUUUGUAAUUUGGGGUGGAGAUGGAGGAGAUUGAAGAAGCUAACAGGGCAGCUGUGGAGAGUUGCCAUAGGGUUAUUAGUCUGUUGUCUCAGCCUCAUGAUCAAAACCAGUAUGCCAAAUUAGCCAUAGAAACUGGGGAGGCUGUUCAUAAGUUCAAGAAGGUUGUUUCUAAGCUCAAUUCCACUUUGGGCCAUGCAAGGGUGAGAAAGGUCAAGAAAAUCCAUACCCCCUCUCUCCCUCCAAGCAUUCUUUUGGAGAACCCAAUGUUCAGAGGGGAUGAUGAUCACCCCAAAGCCUUGCAGCUUCUCCCUGCCAUUUCUCUUGAGCCCUCAAACCAGGAAAAGGGUUCUGGUGUUAAGAGUGGUCUUGCAUUGGGGAACCCCCCUUCGUUCGAGUUAAACUUACAUGGCAAAACCCCGGUUUCGCUAUCCCAUCAAACUCCGAUCCCAAGCUAUCACUUCCUUCAACAACAACAGCAUCAGCAGAGGUAUCAGCAGCAGUUGAAACAGCAGCAGGCGGAGAUGAUUUAUCGUCGUAGCAAUAGUGGCAUUAGUCUCAAUUUCGAUAGCUCCACUUGCACCCCUACCAUGUCCUCCACUCGCUCGUUCAUCUCCUCUCUGAGUAUUGAUGGGAGCGUUGCAAAUAUGGACGGGAAUGCCUUCCAUUUAAUCGGUGCCUCUCGUUCCGCUGAUCUGAGCUCGUAUCAGCACAAGAAAAGGUGUUCUGGACGGGGAGAGGAUGGAAGCACGAAAUGUGGAAGCAGCAGUAGAUGCCACUGCUCCAAGAAGAGGAAACAUCGGGUGAAAAGGUCAAUUAAAGUUCCCGCUAUCAGUAACAAGCUAGCUGAUAUCCCUCAAGACGAAUAUUCUUGGAGAAAGUACGGGCAGAAGCCAAUCAAGGGUUCUCCUCACCCAAGGGGAUACUAUAAAUGUAGUAGCAUGAGAGGCUGCCCUGCGAGGAAGCACGUGGAGAGAUGCUUGGAAGACCCGUCAAUGUUAAUUGUCACUUAUGAGGGAGACCAUAACCAUCCUAGGGUGCCAUCGCAGUCGGCAAACACAUAAAUGCGCUAGUGGGGGGGAGUCUCGGGCAAGAUAUGACAAGAGGUUUAUGGUCUUUGUUUCUUAACGGCUUCAAUUGUCUUGUACAUAUUUUGCUAGUUUAGGCUUUGAGGUAGGGAGGGAGGGAGCCGAAGAUAUAUGGUUCAAAGGGAUAGGCCUACGCCUUUCUUCGAGAUGUUUGAAAGGUAAAAUGUGAAUUCUAUGGUUUAGGGUUAGAGAGCUCAGUGUUAAAAAUUUGGGUUUUUGGUUGUAAGAAUGUUUGUUCUCAUGAUGAUGAAAAUAUGACUUUGGUUUUAUA